GAAGAGAGACCAUGUGUCAUGCAGGUAUGUGUGGUGUGUUGGGAUAGAGGAGUAUGUCACAUAUCACAAUAUUUUGAGACAUACUCUGUGAUCUGAUUCUGAACUCUACUAAAGACUUUAGUGGGUUAGGAGCCACUGUUUUGGUCAAAGGUAAGUAUGAUGCAGCCUGGAAUGUGGUUACUGGAACGACAGUCACUGUGGGGAUAGCAAACAGAAAUGGUUCUACAGCCAAGCAGUUCCACACAGCACCCACGUUUCUCAGCACACAGGCAGAAGUAGAGCCCCUUUCUGCCCUAGUUUUAGCACUGGAGUACUAAGUAAUCUUUCACCAACAUAACUUUAAGGACAGUUCCUACAACCAGGGAGGGUAGUGCUGUGAGACAAAGAAAUAUGACUGCAUCGCAAAGAGAUGAACAUGACUGCUGGAAAAUCGAACCCAAAUACUCUAAUAAAGUUCUCAUUGGAAACUGGCUGGAAGAGAGGAAAAGGUUUACAAAAGAGACCGGGAAACUUGGCAGCAGCAUCUACAAAACAGACUUCAUUUGCUUCCCAGAUCACAAACCAGAACACACACUAAGGAGAAUCAUGAUGGAAAAACUGGAGGGCCUGCCAAUGCAGCACUUCUUCACCCAUCAUGAUGAACCAAGAAGCCGAAAUUUAGUAUCAGAGUAUGACGACAAAUACAACAGACACGGUUACAGCCCUGUGCUCCUUCCCCUCCACAGCGGGAACGAAUGCAAGUUUGCCUGGAUUCCUCAGAAAUCGGAUUGCCCCGUUCUUGAACCUCCCACCAACUAUGGCCUCCUUGAGUACCUGAUGAAAAAAUGGCACCAGAAAGAAGCUGGAGUGAUGAACAGUGUCUACACCAUUUCCUAUGAAAGCCCACCAAUUUCUGCUUUUGCUACUCGUCAACUGAGACAACCAGCUAAAACUCAUGUCCUCCCUUCCAACCAGGAAUAUUUUCCCCAAAACGUCAGUAGAAUCCUGGACUAUGAAGGAGGUCAGAAAUAUCUGCAAGUCAUCCGCCAACUGGUGAGAGACAGAAAAGCAAGGGAUGCCUGUCUGUAAACUGCUUAGGGUGAUCCUAAGUACUACUUAAUAUAGCUUGUUGCUCAUGUACGUAGGAGUGAUCUGUUCAAUGCAGAAGGAAUGAGAAUUAGGUUAUAUAGGCAGAGGGCUCUCUGUUAGACCAAGUUGCUGGGUUACAUUUGGACCUGCAGAUGGCUGGGAAUAUUUCAGAAGAUAUUAAAUCACUGAAAACACAGUUUUUAUCUGUUGGUUUCUAGUCAAGGAAUAGUUGCAGUAAAAGAAAAAAAGAA